AUGCCCCGCGCGAACUCAAUCUCGUUCACGGCGUCGACUUCGACCGCACCGUUCGCACCUCCAUCUCAUUCAACAGCGCCGGGCGCUCCUUCACGACAACGCGCACUGAGCAAGGCCACCUCGUUCGCCGACCUGCGAUUCGCAAAGGACAAGCUGCUCAAGCGCUUCCACCGUGGCGCGUCCGCAGCGGGCAGGGAUCUCGAUUUCUUCGGAUGCGCCGGCGAGAUGGACUUUGAGGAAGGGGACGAAGCGGGGAUGGGAGAGUCGUCAAAGGUGACGUUGCGUGGACCUUCGACGACCAACCCUCCCCCUCCUCGACCUGCUCCCUACCGCUUCCCUCUGUCCGCGCCUCUCACGCCCGAAGAACAACGACAACUCGAGCGACGUAGAGAAGAGGAACUCGCAGCGGCCGCCUGCCUCGACUACAUCUCGGCACAGUCGCACGGUACUCGCUCCUCCUCACUCGCGCACAUCGACACGUCGGGCGUCGCGGGUCUCUCGAGCGCCGUCGAGCGACUGAACAUCCAGCAGUACCCUCGCCGUCCUUCGCAACCCCACGCACGCGUCCCCUCGCGCGACCUGCUCGAAUCCGACGAGGACGGCCGCCCGAGGUCGAACAGCGUCGUCUCGCUCUCGCUCUCCGCGUCCGAUUGCUCCUCCCGACCAAGGACAAACGACUCCCUCCCCUCGUUCGCCGAGAGCGCAUCGACCAUCGACACGACCGGGUCGUUUCCUCCAAGUCCCGUUCAGAGUCCGACGCUGCGAAGUCGGCCGACGUUCGCGUCAGGAAUCGCAACGGUCAAGGUCGACACCGAGGCUGUGGCGCAACAGCCGCGAGCUUACGCCUUCAUCUAG